GCUUCUUCUCUCCCACCAAGAAGGUUAGAUGUCACUGUGACUCUAAACAGUACCCUAGAGAAGAAACACACACCCUCUUUCCCUCUUUCACCCCCACUAGACAGACAAAAAGAGAAGAUAAGCCUAUGGAAACCAUGACAAAUAUGCCAACCAAGAAAGAGGUCAAUAAGGGAGCAUGGACACCAGAAGAAGAUAAAAAAUUAGCUGAGAUUAUUGCAAUCCAUGGUGCAAAAAGAUGGAAGACAAUUGCAGCUAAAGCAGGCCUUAAUAGGUGUGGUAAGAGUUGCAGGCUAAGGUGGUUGAAUUAUUUGAGACCAAAUAUCAAGAGAGGCAAUAUAUCAGACCAAGAAGAGGACUUGAUUCUUAGGCUUCAUAAACUACUAGGAAAUAGAUGGUCCUUGAUAGCUGGAAGAUUACCUGGUAGGACAGAUAAUGAGAUCAAGAACUAUUGGAAUUCUCAUUUGUGCAAGAAAAUAAGCCAAAAAAAGAAACAAAGUGGAGCUUCAAGCGGAGAAGAAUCCAAAGAUGACAAAGGGACAACAGAGAAGGUGGAUAUUGUGGAGGGGAGGGAAGAGAACACAUCGAGUAAUAAUUAUACAGGAGGUGACGACUCCAAUACCAGUUUUAAUGUAGAUGAUUUUUUUGAUUUCUCCAAUGAAGAUCCUUUGAACUUGGAGUGGAUGAACCAUUUCCUUGAAAUGGAUGGGGGGUUCACUGGCAUGUCAUAAAAAAGUUUAACUCUCCAUGAAAUCUUGGUGCAGCAGAGAGUGCAGACUUAAUCAUGGUAUAUGAUUUGAGAAAUUUCAUGAUCUGUGCAAUUUGUAAUCUAUUCAUUAAUUUAGUAGAGUUGAUAUUAUGUGAGUUUUCCUUUUAUAAGAGCUGAAAAUUGUAUAACAAUGCCUUUUGAUUAGCGCCUAUCAUUUUCUGAA